AAUUACAUGUCUUGAGCGAGCCGAGCAGGCUGUGCUGCCGCCCGCCGCCGGUUGCCCCGCCGCGGCCGCCCUGCUCGCAGCGCCCCUCUGAUCCAUGGCUGUCUGUCUGUACUUGUUACGGAGUAACAUCCUCCUCCUCCUCUUUGGGAGCCGCGGCAACUUCCCCUCAGCCAGCCUCCUUCUCUGCUUGAGGACUGCAAAGGCAUGGGAUAGACCCAGAGCCACUUCUCUCUGUCUCCCCUACAGUCCUCGCUCCAUUCCCCUCCUUUAAAUUAAAGUCUGUUCCUCGCUCCUCGUCGUUUUAGAGAUUUGUCAGUCUGCUGUUUCCCCUGAUUUUAUUUUCCCUGCCUGGGGCAAGGGCUCGUAGGGGCCAGUGGGUUUAUUUUAGGGAGAAGGCAUUCCACCCUCUCCCUCCCCCCGUUUCUCCUUCCUUGUCGGCCGUGACUUGAUUUCCCUGCUGCUCUCGGCUCCCACCCUUCGAACUCACACCGUCCUGCGCUCGAGUGACGCACAGACACCCCCAGCCCACAGCCCAGACGUCCCCUCCCUUGCUGCCACCCUGACCCGUCUGGGAGCUGGACCAGGUGCCGACUUCUUCGCAGAGGGAUAUAUGUUGGGUAAAGGAGGAAAACGGAAGUUUGAUGAGCAUGAAGAUGGGCUGGAAGGCAAAAUCGUGUCUGCCUCUGACGGUCCAUCCAAGGUGUCUUACACCUUACAGCGCCAGACUAUCUUCAACAUUUCCCUUAUGAAACUCUAUAACCACAGGCCCCUGACAGAGCCCAGCUUGCAAAAGACCGUUUUAAUUAACAACAUGUUGAGGCGGAUUCAGGAGGAACUCAAACAGGAAGGCAGCUUGAGGCCCACAUUCACCCCCUCUUCCCAGCCUGCUGAGGGGCUGAGUGACAGCUACCGAGAGGCCCCACCCGCCUUCAGUCACCUUGGGUCCCCUUCUGCCCACCCCUGUGACCUCGGAAGCACUACGCCCCUGGAGGCCUGCCUCACCCCAGCCUCCCUGCUCGAGGAUGACGAUGACACUUUUUGCACUUCCCAGACCGUGCAGCCCACGGCUCCUACCAAACUCUCACCUCCAGCCCUCCCGGCAGAAAAGGACAGCUUCUCCUCCGCCUUGGACGAGAUAGAGGAGCUCUGUCCCACAUCUACCUCCACAGAGGCUGCAGCGGCAGUGACUGACAGCUCGAAAGGGUCCUCCAGUGAGUCCAGCUUCCAGAAACCCGAGGGGCCCCAAGAGAGCCGCACAGAGGAUGCAAAACUGAUAGACUCUCUGCCUGGGAACUUCGAAAUAACCACACCCACGGGUUUCCUGACAGACUUGACCCUGGAUGACAUCCUAUUUGCCGACAUUGAUACGUCCAUGUAUGAUUUUGACCCCUGCACAUCCUCAUCAGGAGCAGCCUCAAAAAUGGCCCCUGUGUCAGCCGACGACCUCCUCAAAACUCUGGCUCCUUAUAGCAGUCAGCCUGUCACCCCGAGUCAGCCUUUCAAAAUGGACCUCACAGAGCUGGACCACAUCAUGGAGGUGCUUGUUGGGUCCUAAGACCCAGGGAUCCUGGAGUAUUCCCACAACCCUGACAGUUCUCCGCACUGUGCAUGCACCCUUGCUUGCCUUUUUCAGAGAAACAGAAAAUUUUACAAAAGGAUCACACUAGUUUUUGCUUUGAGCAGAGUUGGAGUGCCUUCAUCCAAGUACGACCACUUUUAAUAUGCUUUUUUGAGUGGUUCCUCAGAAACCUACUACCCUGGUAUAGGAAAGAAUAUAUUUGAAGACAAUGUUGCUAUGUUGAAUGACAAAAAUAAACAGUUCAAGUGAAGCACAAGGAUUAAGUUGGAAAAGCUGUACAUUGCAUGUGCAUAUUUGUCUAUUUUUUCUAUAAGUUUUAUUGCAAGAGGUAAAGAAAAAAAUAUAUAUAUAUUAUUUAGAUAAUCUCAGUACCUUUUUUGGCAUUUUCGCCCUGUAUAGGUUGACUUGGCAAUUCAGCCUUUUUAGAGGCAUUAACUACUCCUCGUAAGUGUUGCAUUUACAUGGCUGUUUAGAAAACUGCUGCCCAAAUUUAUUUUAUAUUUUUGUACAGAUUCUGCAGUUUAUGAUAUUGUUUUUCUAAAAACAAAUGCUGUUUAUACAUAUGAGAUAGCUAUUUUGAUAGGAUUUGCUCACAUAGUUCCUGCAAACUUCAGAUGUACAAGUUGCACUUGUACUUUUAUAUAGAGUUGUGAUGUUUUAUAUGUGUAUGGUGCAAGAAAAAAUUGGAUCAAAUCAAUCUGCAGUUGAUAUCCCCAAAUGCAAACACACACAGGCACACACAGCCACACAUACAUAUACACACACAGCGCUUUAAGAAAGGGCCAGGUGAUAAUCACACCCAAAUUUCACAAGCACUGACCCCUGGCACAAACACCUGCCAGUACUGUGACUUCCAAAGCCAGAGCCGCGUCUGCUCAUCAAACUUGCAUUAAGCAGUUGGCAGAGAAGGCCUCAGAGCUUGGGGUUUAAGUGAUGGUUCUCUCUAACUCCCUUUUUUUUUGAGGGGAAGGCUACCAGUCUUACUUUAAGUGUAUUUAUGCCAAGUUUGCGCUUUUAAUUGUUCUUAAUUUCUAAAUGGAAAUCCAAAUAUUUCCUUUUUGGCAUAAUUUUUACAAUGAUCUGAAAUUUUAUUUACAUCUGAACAAAAUUUUGUAAUAAGCAACCAACCUCUUCAUGGAACUAAGCCCCUAGUGCAAUGCUCAGGGCUCUUAAAGAAGAAAAUCUCCCCAGAAGGCAUCCAUCAUGUUGCUAAAUUGUCUUUUGCAGCUUCCUUUCCCUAGAGCUUUUGUUCACUCUGUUGCUAAGUGCUGAAAAUGGCAUCUCUGUGAUCACCACAGUGAGCUCUGCUCACCUCGGCGUGCCCGGGAUGCACUCUUACGACAUCCCUGACUCUUGAACCUGGAGUUCCUCACCUUCUGUGACAGCUUGUCAUCUGGUUGCUUUCUUAAAUCGACUGCUUUAACUACACUUUACCCCCAAACACAGGACUUUCUAUGCAUGUUUCCCCUCCUUCCCCCGCCUCCCACUCCCAAGACACACUUGAGAAGUAACUAGCUUUUUAUUCCUAACUGUGUACAUUUAUUUUAAAACGUUUGCAGUGUAUCAUGCUUACUGCUGAAAUUGUUUAUGGCCUUUUCGUUUCAGUUUUUUCUUUCUUCCAAUGGUACUUUAGCUGUUGAGUGCAGGUUACAACCUAUAUUGUUAUGCAGAUGGCUUCUCUAGGAAUAACUUUUAUAUUUAUUUAAAAUUUUUAAAUUAUGGGAUUUUUGUUGUUGUUCUUGUUGUUGUCUUUGUUGUUGGUCAUUUGUCACUAUUCAGUCACCAAUUCUGCUCACGUCUUGCCAUGGAUAAAAUUGGGUCUUUCUGGCUAAUUAAAAAAGACAACUUUAUAAAAAUGGCACUUUAAACAAGCCAUAGAUAGUCUUAUUUUUGUAAUGCACAUGGCAAAAGCAAAUACGUUUGUGAUGAAGGAACUGCUCGUCAAAGCAAAAGGUUCUUGUAUGAUAUGAUAAAAAUCUUUCUACAUUCUGAUUUACUUUUUUACCCCACUUGAAUGUGUUUUAAUGGCUAAUUAUCAACUCAGUAGAGCACUGAGAAACUGAUCAAAUUGUGCUUGUUCUCCUACAAGCAACCUCCACACAGACACUUCUGACCGCCACAGAUGUGUUGUUUGCCUUUGAUAGGACCAGGGACCAUAUAAUUAAGGUGAGGGUUGUUGUAGAUGCUUCCAGUGUCACUGUGCCUGUCCAUAUUAAGAGCUUCCCUUUCUUGUAGGAACAAGUCUGCCCGGACUCUAUGCUUUUUAUAACUGGAGUACCCAGAGAAUCACCACAUGCUGCACACGUCUACAUACGUACGCAUAUACAAUGGUGUUGAUUAUUCCGAACAAUAACCGAGUAAAGCAGUUGAUUUGCCAUUGUGGAAACCGAUUUACAGUAACUUAGAACAACUGUACUUUCGUUGGAUUAGCAAAUCCUGUGUGUUUAAACAAAUCCCAUAUGUUGGGCAACAGUUCAAAUGCGCACAGAGAAGUGUUGCCCAAACUUGGUUCUCUGACUCCCAUGUAUUUGUAAGGCUGGGCUUCAAAAUCAAAACAAAAAUUCUCAACAACAGCAGGCAAAUGCUUUUUAACUCUGAUACCCUUGCUAUAAAUUCUUGAUUCAGAGUCUAACGAGAAAGACAUGGAAAAUGAGUGGCCCAUUUUCAGAAAGAACAAAACCAUCAAGGGGUCAGAUUGUCUUUGUGCCCUGUUCUUACAAAGUAAUGUCCCAACAAAGAAGCGUAGGAGCCAGAGUGGGAUCUCCAAGUCCCAGUUUGAGUAUGGGGUGUGCUUCCAGAUGCCACCUGGCCGCGGUGCCUUCUCCUCUGUAAAAGACAUUGCGUGGCAUCUAAAGCCAGGUGGGCAGCUUGAGGUGCCUUUAUGAGAAAGACAUGCUGGGGGCUGGCGCUGGGUGAGGACAAUUAUUGACAGUGAUGUGCAAUGAAGUGACAAGAUGAGAGCAGAAUCAUAAGAGCUUUGAAUUUGAAGUGAUUUUUCCCCCAUAAGUUAUUUAUUCCUUUUUUUCUGUGUAAAUAUAUUUAUUUUACUGUGGAGCUCUAACAACAUCUGGAUCGUAACAUGUGCAGAAUGUAUGGUAGGAAUGUAUUCUCUUGUAGGAAUGUAAAUCUGUAUUUAAAGGGGGUCCACACCAGGACCCCUGGUCUUCUCACCGUAUGCACAGUCCACAUUCAUUUUUACUCUCUUCUCUAAUAUGGGUCUAUUUGAAAUAUGCAAAAGGUAUGGAUGAGCAAUGUUUUAAUACCUCCAAAUUUUUAAGAAAACCAAUCAUCAAAGGGUUGAUAUUUUUAAAAGUCUUUUUAGUAGCACUUUUUCUGGAUGACAGAAGGGGCAACCACACGGGCACCCUCAUUCAUACUAAAGGGUGAGAAAUGGCCCAAGCCUCCUCUGCACCUCUGGAGUGUCUUUUAUCAAUUUGAGCUUUUUAUCGCCAUAGCCCUUUGGAUUGCCCCAAUGGCCCUAAGGUCAAUCAAGGUACAUGUAUUAACUAAAUAAGCUCCAGAAAGCCAAAGUAUCAACUUACAGAUCAUUUUUAAAGCUUAAAUUUAUUAACCACCUUUGUGGUAAACAAUGAAUUAUGAAUACCACAGGGAGGCCUUCUUAAAUGACAGAUGUUAAAAAAAAAAGAGAGAGAGACUCUACUUUGUGCAGCGAUUCUUACUCUAUAUGAAUUGUCUUAAUUUGAAAACCUUGCUAUUACAAAUUGGAUCUUUAUACAUUUCUGAAAAUAUUGAAAAGAGUAUGUUUAACCUGUUCUGGCUGUAAAUGGUUAACUUCCUGUAACUGCCCUGCACUUGGAGGCAUAGAGUUGUGUGCGUCCUGCUUAUGUACAAUUGUUUUCAAUGUUUCUAAGAGCGAAUCUGAAUGGUUCUUGAAAAUUAGCCAGGAUCAAAUGCUAUUGCAGACAAAGCCAGUAAAAAAUGUUGGACUUCUUUUGGGGAUUAGAAGUUUGGAAGAGAAGUGCAGACCAUAUGUUUGAACGACCGAGAUUUUUGAAAAAGAUGUACAUAGUACCGUGUCUGGUGCAUGGUUUUUAAGGAGGGCUUUUUGUCAGAAAGGAGGUAUAACCUUUUCCCCACAGACCUGAGAGCUGUGCCUUUUCUAUGCAAUAUUACAGACGUUACAUCGGAACCCAGAUGGCUGUAUUCACAUGUAGGUUUGGGCUGUAAUCUAAACAAUUGGACAGAUUAAAUGUACAUGGAAAUGAGCAGUCUUACUUUUGUAGUUUUAUAUUAUACAAUAAACAGUUAAAAGAUGA